UGUGUCAGUCAAGAAGGAACAGGCUUGGACCACGGCAACGAAUUGUCUCAACUCUAAGAAGCAAGUAAAUCGUAACUGGUGCAGUGAAAGAAGUACAGUUCGGGUUUCGAUCGACCAUAAACUAUAGUUUUGUGUUCAGGUGUACCAGUGUGAGUUGAUUCGCAUGAACAUCGUGAGUUUAAAACAGCGCCAGCGGCCUAUAUAAGCAAAUCAGACUUGAGUGGAGCUUCAUUGAUUCAAUUGGUCGGUCGUCGAGUCCCAUGGAUGACAGUUACUAUUGUUUUACUUGUCAGUUGUAAUCCCAGAGGGGUGACGCGUCUCGAUCGAACUUUCGUUGUGGUGAAAAGUGUUGCCGAACCUUCCAAGUCGUUAAAUACUUAUAAGAGUGGUAACAGUGAACGAUGAUCCAAACGGAGCAGGACGAAGCUUUCUACGAAGAAGUGCUAAAGAACUACUUUAGGGAUCCGACAACGAAAGUGCGGUCAGUGAAGCAAGAGCGAGCGACAGCGAAAGGUGAAAAUUUCCUCAGCGACAUGCUGCGCAUCGGGGUUGAGCUCACGAGGAAUUCAUCAACUCAGGAUGACGCCGGCUGCCGAAUAUGCGAGAGGCGAAGUUUCAUCUCGAAGCAUGAACCGGUGGGCGAUUCCAGACUAGUGAAAAUGGUCCAAGAACAGCAGCUCUUCACUGUCGAGCUCAGUAUCCUCAAGAACGUCCUCCCACGGAUCGAGACCGCACUCGGGAUUCGACUUGGCCCAAAGCUGGUUUACGGAAGAGAUGAGCCACCUAGGGUUAUUAUUAUGGAGGAUCUGACACCGGAGGGAUUUCACGUUAAAGACAGACAGGAAGGACUAUCGAUGGCUCACGCUACUAUGGCUAUCAAGAAUCUCGCCAGAUUUCAUGCUGGAUCUGUAGCUCUGGCGGAGGAGAACCCCGCAGCAAUCAGGCGUUUCAGGCAGGGAAUUUUUGACUCAACAACACAUCCAAACUUCUACACCCUGGCUAUUAACAGUCUGAUUCGUUUGCGCGAAAACGCGCAGACGUGGUUGGACGAGGACUGUAUUUUAGCCGCGAAGAAGUUGAAGAAUGUCAUUGGAUCGUUGAAGCAGAGGAUUCAAGACGUUUACAAAUACGAUCCGGAGGAGUUCUGUGUUCUUAAUCACGGCGACGCCUGGGUCAACAACAUGCUCUUCGUUGAAGAUAGAUCGGGCAAACCGAUUGAACAAGUUUUUGUCGAUUACCAAAUGGUUGGCUAUUCCUCGCCAGCGAUCGAUCUCUUAUACUUUCUCGGGAUAAAUCCGGCGCUCAAGAUUCGCGGUCCAGGUGAAACGGAGCUUUUGGAAACUUACCUGGAGACGCUUACACUGAACAUGAAGAGGUUAAGGUGCAGGACGGAAUCGCCGACAAUGGAGCAAUUGAAGGAGGCCAUGUAUCGUCGACGAGUCUAUGCUGUGGUGUCGGGACUCUUUCUUCUCCCACGGAUGAUGCUGGAUAAAGCAGAGAUUGAGAGUAUGGAUCAGCUCUUGAAGCACGGCACGUUUAGAACAAACGCGUAUGCAAAGCCGAACACGAUUCGAAUGAUGAAACGAAUACUUCCGCUCAUGAACGAAAGAGGAUACCUCGAUGCGUGAACUGCACUCUUACUUUCAAUCUUCAAUAUUGUUACGUUGCGUUUUUUCGAUUCGAAAUGCGUCAGCCAAACCAAAUCCAUGGACCUGUCAAUUGAUUUAUAUGUAAGAUUACGGAAAUCUUUCCAAAAAUUUAAAAAAAUUUUACUAAUAUCAACGUACGAGAACGUUUGAUCUUGAGUAAAAACUAAUUUAAGUAUUGUUAUUUUUUUACUAUCCUAUUAUGAUUAUUUUUUGUUUCUUAGGAAGAGAAAGAACUUUAUCGUAAAUGAAUCUAUUGUUGUAAAUGGUUUGGUCAAUUGAUUAUUCUGAAAUAAAGAUUGGUCGUUUGGUCUGA